UAUAUAAACAUUAUGGAAAUGAAAAUUUCAGUCCAUUUAUAAAUCCGUCGCCGCUAGAUACUCGAAAGGAGUCGAAUUUUUGAAGAGUGUUUGAAUCGGAAAGGGAAAGAUGAAAAUCCAACACAUACCAUGUCUCGAAGACAAUUAUUCUUAUCUGAUCGUCGAUGAGAGCACCAAGGAAGCCGCGGCGGUGGACCCAGUCGAGCCGGAGAAGAUUCUCGAAGCUGCCAACUCGUAUGGUGUCACUCUCAAACUCGUCCUCACCACCCACCAUCACUGGGAUCAUGCUGGUGGAAACGAGAAGAUAAAACAACUGGUGCCUGGAAUCAAGGUCUAUGGUGGUUCCAUCGAUAACGUGAAGGGUUGCACCGACAAGGUUGAAAACGGUGAUAAGGUCUCCCUUGGAGCUGACGUCACUAUAUUGGCCCUUCAUACACCUUGUCACACAAAAGGCCACAUAAGUUACUAUGUUACUGGCAAAGAGGAUGAGCAUCCGGCUGUUUUUACUGGAGAUACAUUGUUUAUUGCUAGUUGUGGGAAAUUUUUUGAGGGAACUGCUGAACAGAUGUAUCAGUCUCUCAAUGUAACACUAGGUUCAUUGCCAAAGACAACUCGAGUAUACUGUGGCCAUGAGUAUUCAGUGAAGAACUUGCAAUUUGCUCUGACACUUGAGCCAGACAAUUCGAGGACACAACAGAAAUUAACCUGGGCUCAGAAUCAGAGACAAGCUGGUCAAGCAACAAUUCCCUCAACCAUUGAGGAUGAGUUGGAGACCAAUCCCUUUAUGAGGGUUGAUCUACCUGAGAUCCAGGAGAGGGUGGGCUGUAAGUCACCUGUUGAAGCAUUAGGAGAGAUAAGGAAGCGGAAAGACAACUGGAGAGGCUAAUGAAACAAGCAUUCUCAUUUGUUCAUACUUCAAUUUCCUGUUCUGUUUUAUAAUAUGAAUAAGGCCUUUAUGCAGAUACUGUAACCGUUUGAUUUACCUGAAACUGAAAUGAGAGUCAGAGGCUUGUCAAGCUAGGGGCACGGAUUCUGAUUA